CUCCAACUUCAACUUUAUCAAUUGACUCAUAAUGAGAACCGCUACGAUAUCUAGAGACACCAACGAAACCAAAAUUCAGAUCGCUUUGUCGUUGGAUGGAGGACAUGUGGCUCUUGAAAAGUCGUUGUUUGUACAAAGUGGCUCUAAAUCUGAUGAGCACGCUACCCAGGCCACCUCUUCGCAGGUCAUCAACGUACAAACUGGUAUUGGGUUUUUGGACCACAUGUUGCACGCGUUGGCAAAGCACUCGGGCUGGUCACUUAUAGUGGAGUGUAUUGGAGACCUCCACAUCGAUGACCAUCACUCGGCGGAAGAUGUGGCUAUCGCGUUGGGAAUGGCCUUCCACAAGGCGUUGGGUCAAGUGAGAGGUGUCAAGAGAUUUGGAACUGGAUUUGCCCCGUUAGACGAAGCUUUGAGUCGAGCGGUAGUGGAUCUUUCCAACAGACCGUAUGCGGUGAUCGACUUGGGUUUGAAGAGAGAAAAAAUUGGGGAUUUAUCGUGUGAGAUGAUUCCUCACGUUCUUGAAAGUUUUGCCCAAGGAGCCGCCAUCACCUUACACGUUGAUUGCUUGAGGGGGUUCAACGAUCACCACCGGGCCGAGAGUGCCUUCAAAGCAUUAGCAGUGGCCAUUAAGGAAGCCAUUUCAAGUAACGGGACCGAUGAAGUACCUAGUACUAAGGGAGUUUUAUUUUAGGAAACACCAGUUUCUAGAACAAGUACCCCCCAUAUUUCAUCAGACUCUAGUUGGGAUCUUAAGUUCUACUUCCCCAGCUUGUACACUAUUAAAUAUAUUUAUUGAUAAGCUCAAAGACCCUACAAAUAUCUCAUCGCGGUGCGAAAAGAAUCUCUCGCAGUACCAUGUUGAAACAAAGCGUCAGAUACGUCUCCAACGUGAGAAGAUCCUUGGGAGCUUCCAAGGCUCAGAGCAGAGACAAGCGCACCACAAUAGAUAGGUAUCUUCCCCAAGAUCCCCCAAAGAAAGAGAAAGAAUGGGAAAAAAGGGGUGUCUCCAAAGACGAAUUUUUCACAAAGAAGUACAGCUUCAUGAGUGAUUGGGGCAAACAGAAGCUUGAGCACAAAAUAUCUAGAGAGCAACGGUUCAAGUCGCACAAGAGAGAGCAUGCCCGGAUGCAAAGAGACGACGAUCGAGAUCACCGGGAUUCAAGAACUCAGCGAUCAGAUAACUACCGGGACUCCAGACCCCAACGAUCAGAUAGCUACCGCGACUCGAGGUCCCAAACGUCAAACGAUUACCGAGGCUCGAGAUAUGACGAUUUCGAAAAACACUCCAUCCUCGAUAAUGCACUCUUGGAAUAUGUGUACGGCAGACAUGCAGUUUUGUCGGUUUUGAAGGCCAAAAAAAGACAGCUGUAUGAGAAGUUGGUGUACACUGAAGGGAAGACACCAAUAACCGAUAUUCUUAGCAUGUGCAAGAAGUACGGUGUUCAAACCGAAUUGGCUGCAAGUAAGCAGCAGCUCGAUUUCCUCACCAAUAAAGCGGUGCAUAAUGGAGUUGCGUUGGCCACCCGCAAGCUCGAACUCCCUACGUUGGCCAAGCUCGGCCCCCAUGAUGCUGAAACCGGCACGUACAACCUCGACAUCUGGAACGAACUCUACAACGCCCAAACCACUAUCCACAAACAGGUACAACGGUCGUCCGAGGAAUCGAGAAAUCCAUUGGCACUUUACUUGGACGAAAUUACCGACCCCCAAAACGUUGGGGCCAUUAUCCGGUCUGCCUACUUCUUCGGAGUGGACUUCAUUGUCACCCCAUCACACAACACUGCUCGCCUUGGACCCGCUGCUGCCAAAGCUGCUGCUGGAGCUCUUGACUUGAUGGACAUCUACCAGGUUGAGAACGGCUUGAAGUUCAUUCGAGACGUUAAAGAGAGUCCCUGGGCCCUUGUGACCACCGAAGUAAAGGAAUCCACGAAAACUAUCACCCACAGUCAGCUUUCAGAUAUUCUUGUGGAUGCUCCGGUUCUUCUUGUGUUGGGUAGUGAAGGUAGUGGUGUGCGGACCAACAUCAAGAACUUAUCAGAUUUCUACGUCAGACUUUCGAAGAACAGAACAGACUCCGAUGCCGUGGUCGACUCACUUAAUGUGAGCUCCGCCGCCAGCGUAUUGAUAUCGAGCUUUAUGCGGUAGUUUGAAUAACUUGUAUAUACAAAUUGCUCAUGUGAAUGUUCCUUGUAUAUAGAAGCUGCUCAUGUGAAUGUUGGGCUGCGAAAAUAUAAUGCCAGAAAAACAUCUUGUGAUUUACUCCAAUUAAUUAUAUCUCUUUUAAUUAUUCAUAAUGGUCGAAUAUCACCUUGUUGUUUUGGUGCACGGGUAUGUAUAUUAACACCUAGAAAAUUCUUAUGGGCUUGGUACUAACGAUCCAGGCUUUGGGGAACCUCCUCCCAUAUGGCGUAUGUUAAGUCUCAAAUUGAGCAAGAAGCUAAAUCAAGAGCAACCAAGGAAAAGAUUGUAUGCUACAUCACCGGAUCACACAGCGGAUUUCUCACGCACGAUGGGAUUGACGUGAAUGGGAAACGGAUUUGUGAUGAGAUUCUCGCAAAGACCCAAGACUUGACCGUAGACAAGGAUAAGGUUACCAAGUUUUCCAUAGUGGGAUACUCUCUUGGAGGGUUGAUAUCCCGGUAUGCUGUGGGAUAUUUGUACUCAAUUGGAUUCUUCGACAAUAUCCAGCCCAUCAACUUCACCAGUUUCUGUACUCCUCACGUAGGAGCGUUGAAUCCAGGGACAAGUUGGGGAACCAGAAUCUACAAUUAUAUUUCUCCAUACGUU